GACUCGUUGCAUUCGCCGGCCUGCAGCGCGGAGACCGCGACGCCCAAGACGGGCAACUCUCCUUCACUGGAACAGCGACGUGAGCUCCUGAAGAAGGCCCGCGACGACAAUGCCCGCGUCCGUGCCGAACUACGGCAGCAGGACGACCGUGGACACUACAGCGACUGUGACCCCUUGCAUUCUGAAGUGAAGAAACUGCAGGAGGCUCGGAAGCUUUUGCGUCGGCCAGCGUGA